UUCAUUGCCAGUUGCACACCAGACAUAACAACACAUAUAGUAUAUACUUACAUUGGAAAAUUCCAUAUGUAAUUCAACAACUCUUCACUUUCUUCUCAUCCAAACCAAAACACACAGCCUUUCCCUCUCUUUCUUCAUUCAUGUAAACAAACAGGUUCCAUGUAUCCUUGUCUCCCAGUUUCAGAGUUUUUUUCACAAACCUCCUGCACUUUUCUCCCCUCUGUUCUUAGCUAACCUUGAAACAGAGAGAUGUUCUUUGAAAUGGGUUUCUCCGGUUUGAAAUAGUUUAUGAGUUGUGUUCCCCCCUUAAAUCGGGUUUGAGCUCAAAAUCUUUUUGCGUUCUCGGAGAGAGAGAGAGAGAGAGAAACGACCUCCUCAAGUGUUUGACGAAUUGACUAAACAGAGAAACAGAGCACACUAAUGGAAGAGACGUUUGUGCCGUUCGAAGGAAUCAAGAAUGAUCUCAAAGGAAGACUCAUGUGCUAUAAGCAAGACUGGAGCGGUGGAUUCAAAGCUGGAUUUAGGAUUCUUGCUCCCACCACUUACAUAUUCUUCGCCUCUGCCAUUCCUGUCAUCUCUUUCGGUGAACAGCUCGAAAGAAACACUGAUGGAGUUCUCACGGCUGUUCAGACCUUAGCAUCCACCGCCAUUUGCGGUAUCAUUCACUCUGUUAUCGGAGGUCAGCCACUGCUUAUACUCGGUGUUGCUGAGCCAACUGUCAUCAUGUAUACAUUCAUGUUUAACUUUGCAAAAGCUAGACCUGAACUUGGACGAGACCUCUUCUUAGCUUGGUCUGGAUGGGUUUGUGUUUGGACUGCUUUGAUGCUGUUUGUGAUGGCUAUAUGCGGAGCUUGUUCCAUCAUCAAUAGGUUCACUCGUGUAGCUGGAGAAUUGUUUGGACUGCUUAUCGCUAUGCUCUUCAUGCAACAAGCCAUCAAAGGGCUAGUGGAUGAGUUUCGCAUUCCCGAACGAGAAAAUCAGAAACUGAUGGAGUUCUUACCUUCCUGGAGGUUUGCUAAUGGGAUGUUCGCUCUGGUUCUCUCCUUUGGCCUUCUUCUAACUGGACUUAGAAGCAGAAAAGCCAGAUCAUGGCGUUACGGUACUGGCUGGCUCAGAAGCCUAGUAGCUGACUAUGGAGUACCACUCAUGGUGCUAGUGUGGACCGGUGUCUCCUACAUUCCAUCAGGAGAUGUUCCUAAAGGAAUCCCCCGCAGACUUUUUAGCCCUAACCCUUGGUCCCCUGGUGCUUAUGCUAAUUGGACCGUUGUAAAGGAGAUGCUUGAUGUUCCAGUAGUCUACAUAAUAGGAGCUUUCAUUCCAGCAUCAAUGAUUGCUGUGCUUUACUACUUUGAUCAUAGCGUUGCUUCACAGCUUGCUCAACAAAAAGAAUUCAAUUUGAGAAAACCUUCUUCUUACCACUACGACUUGCUUCUUCUUGGGUUCCUGACCUUAAUGUGUGGUCUACUCGGAGUCCCUCCAUCAAAUGGUGUCAUUCCUCAAUCUCCUAUGCAUACCAAGAGCUUAGCAACUCUCAAGUAUCAGUUGCUUCGUAACAGACUGGUUGCAACAGCAAGAAGAAGCAUAAAAAAGAAUGCGAGUUUGGGACAACUCUACAACAGUAUGCAAGAAACUUAUCAUCACAUGCAGACACCAUUAGUAUACCAGCAACCUCAAGGUUUAAAAGAACUGAAAGAAUCAACAAUCCAAGCAACUACAUUCACCGGAAACCUCAACGCUCCAGUUGAUGAAACUCUAUUCGAUUUAGAGAAAGAGAUUGAUGAUCUGUUACCUGUAGAAGUCAAAGAGCAGCGUGUAAGCAACUUCCUUCAGUCCACAAUGGUAGGAGGAUGCGUUGCAGCUAUGCCUAUCCUUAAAAUGAUCCCAACCUCGGUCCUUUGGGGAUACUUUGCCUUCAUGGCCAUCGAAAGCUUACCUGGAAACCAGUUCUGGGAGAGAAUCCUACUUCUCUUCACCGCCCCAAGUCGCCGUUUCAAGGUUCUUGAAGACUACCACGCAACGUUCGUUGAAACCGUUCCGUUCAAGACAAUUGCAAUGUUCACUGUUUUCCAAACGGUUUAUCUGUUAAUCUGCUUUGGCCUCACAUGGAUCCCAAUAGCAGGAGUCAUGUUCCCUUUAAUGAUCAUGUUCUUAAUCCCGGUUAGACAGUACAUACUCCCUAGGUUCUUUAAAGGAGCUCAUCUUCAGGACUUGGACGCAGCUGAGUAUGAAGAAGCUCCAGCUUUACCCUUUAAUCUUGCAGCGGAAACGGAUAUUGGGUCCACAACUUCGUAUCCAGGAGACUCAGAGAUUCUUGAUGAGGUUAUUACACGAAGCAGAGGAGAGUUUAGGCACACGAGUAGUCCUAAGGUCACGAGUUCAAGUUCAACUCCGCUCAAUAAUAGGAGUUUGUCUAGUCCAAGAGUGAGUGAAAUAAGGUUGAGUCCUCGAAUCGUUGGAAACAGUCCCAAGCCGGCGAGUUGUGGGAGGAGUCCCUUGAAUCAGUCCUCCAACUGAGAAGAGACUAUAUAUAUAUUCAGGAAGCUAAAUAAAACGAAACCCCAAUGAGGAUGGAUGUAUAAUUACUUAAUUAAUUUGAUCUUUAGUUCUAGAAUGAAAAAGUAAAAGCUUCUUGAAUCCGUCUUUAGUUUGUGUGUUGUGUGUUUUAUGCUUACUACUCAGUAUCUUGAGUCUCUGUAAAAUCUUACUUAUUGCACAAUAUAUGUAAAAAAAAAAUUAAUGUUAA